UGAUGUUGUCAAUAAAAAACGUCAUAAUUUUUCUAUUGCUACAAGUGAAAAGACUGCAAUUGGCGCCUUUAACAAACGGUGCGUUGUGUCCCUUUAAGGACACAAUUGAUCUCAGCGGUAAGCGGCCACUUGAAAACGGUUCAUAUAUCCACGAAAACGUGUUGAUAUCGCGCACCCAAGUCGCCGAAUAUAAAUUUCGUCUGUACUUCGGCAACAAUGCACGGGAAACUGAAACACAUUUACGUGGUUGUGUCUGUGGUAAACCAAAGAUGUGCGUGAAGUUAUGCUGUCGCCAUGAUGAGUUCUACAACGAAUAUACUUUUCGUUGCGAAAGAAUACCCAAAGAUACGAAAAUAAAUGUUUACAUGAACAUCGCCAUGGACAGUGGAAAGAAGCAGCGGGUGAAUAUAUAUCAACGUUUUGUAUUGCAAAUGGGUAGGCCCUGUCAAUAUUUGGAAUAUUUAUUGGGCGACAAGGAUUUGUGGGAACUAAAGGAGAAUGGUGAACUUUUUAUUAGCCGCACUGGCGAUAUAAUCGAUACUGUCAGCUACUGUCUUUCACCAUAUUGGAAGGAGGAUUCGAAAGAGCUUCAAUUGAUGGCCCUGAGCUGUCCCAUACUAAAUGAAGCAAAAUUCUCACUCGCUUUGAACACAUACGCUAUGGCAAUAUCAGUGAUCUUUCUGGUGCCUACUACACUGAUAUAUCUAUUUGUAGGUGAUCUAAGUCGCGACAUAAGAGGCAAACAAUUGAUUUCCUAUUUUAUUUCCCUGAUUGGAGCCUAUUCGAUAUUCAGUUUUAUUAAUAUCUCGGAAUAUGUAUUUGAGGAUUUUUACUGUAAACUGUUGGGUAUAUCCAGCUAUUUCUUUUUCACCUCCACCUAUCAAUGGUUAUCAAUAUUAUGCUAUGACAUGCUGCUGAACUUCAGGCACUUGAAAGAAAAUUCCUUAUAUCGAAGGCACACAAAACGUUUUGUUUACUACUCCAGUUAUGGCUGGGGUACGGCUCUGCUGUUUACUUUGAUUGUAAUAUGGGCCCAGUUGUCGGACAAGGUGCCGGACAAAUUUAAACCAGGCAUUGGCAAUGAAGCUUGCUGGUUGGAUACCAACCAAUGGUCUUCGGCCAUUUACUUCUACUGGCCAAAUUUGAUAAUUAUGUUGGUCAAUGUCGCAAUAUUUUUCUCCUUGUCAUUGCAUAUUUAUCGCAUCAAACACGACGUGGCCGCAAUGAAACUGACAAAGAAAUUUUUCGGAGAAUAUUGUGUUAUAAUUCUACGCCUCUUCAUUGUAAUGGGCAUCUCAUGGAUUAUGGACAUAUUAUCGUUUUGCCUGAGAGAUUUUGAAAUAUCCGAUUAUGUGUUUAUGGCCACCGAUGUUUGCAAUGCCCUACAGGGAGUAUUCAUUUUUAUAAUAUUUGUACUGAAACAUAAUGUGAUUCAGGCAAUCAGGAAAAGCUGCUUUCGUGGGGAUUUUAUUGCAGUUAAUUCGAGAGAACGUGCCACAUCGAGUUAAUUUCUGUUCUCAAAGUUUUAUGAAAUAAACAUAAUCAACAUAUUGAAUAAGUUAAUUAAAAUGAAAAAUUUUGGAAUGAAC